AUGCUCGCUGGUGCGCUUGAUGAUAUCCAUUGCCAAUACAAGAUUAGAGGCAAAGUUGUAAGAACCACAACUGAUAGUGGAUCCAACUUUGUCAAGGCCUUCCACAUGUUUGGGGCACAAAAUGAUGCAGAUGAAGAUGAAGGUGAAGAUGAAGCAGACCCAGAAACUCUUGACCUGACUGACCAUAUUGACUACCAUGAGGCAAGUGCAAUUCUUGAUGAAGACUCUGGUUUGGAGUAUCAACUCCCGCCUCAUCAGCGAUGUGCAUGUCACCUGCUAAACCUUGUGGCAACAACUGAUGCUGCCCUAGCAGAGAGCAUGAAUGACACCUACAAGAGGCUCUCCCGUGCAACCUUUGCAAAAUGCCAGGCCAUUUGGAACAAAACUGGCCGGUCUCAUUUGGCUAAUGAAGUGGUAGAGGACAAGUGUGAGCUACAGCUCAUUCGUCCCAAUGCAACACGGUGGAAUUCAACCUACCUUGCCAUUGAAAGGAUAAUACGCAUCAUUGAUGAGAAGGGGGAAGAUGCCAUCAGGAGCAUUUGUGAGGAGUUCAAGGUGAAAAUGUUGAGUCCUGCAGAAGUUGCAUUCCUUAGGGAGUACUGUACCACCAUGAAGCCACUGGUGAAAGCUUCAAACAUCCUUCAGUCUGAGUCCACUUCCUUUAUGGGAUGGCUCCUGCCAGUAAUCCAACAACUACUGUCCAAACUUAGCAGGCUGGAGACAUCAAGCAAGACAUGCGUGCCACUCAUCAGAGCCCUGCAAAAUGGCCUUCAAAAGCGUUUUGGACCGAUGAUGGAGGAUCCAGAGUUGGCUGCAGCUGCAGUCCUCUUACCCAAGUUCAAGACUUCCUGGACUGACAGAGCAGAUGUAAUAGCGGCUGCCUUGACAUACAUCAAACAACAUCUUGAAAUGACAGAGCAUGAGAGUGAGGAUCAGCAAAGAGAGUCAUUUGAUGAAGAUGAAUUCUUCUCCAAACCAAUCUCCAGAAGGCUGCAAAGUGCAGUUGAGCUUGAUUUCUUGCUUGUGCCACAGACACCAUGGAGCUGCUGCACUCCUUCUCAGCCAUCAAAAACCUCUCUCUUAAACUGAACACAGCUCUGCCUGCUUCUGCUGCGUGUGAGCGACUUUUUAGUUGUGCUGGUCUACUCUUCACGGCCAAACGAAGUCGAAUAGCAUCUGUUAAUUUAG